CCGCCACGAUAUCAGGCAGAACAGCAGCAAGGAGAGAAUGGCGGGGAUCCCGGUGAUCGACCUGCUGCUCGCCCCGGCGGCGCCGGAGGAGGCUGCGCGGCUGCGGGACGCGGCCCAGCGCCUGGGCUGCUUCCGGGUGGCAGGCCACGGCGUGCCGCGCGCGCUCCAGGACGACAUGAAGGCCGCCGUGCGCGCCCUCUUCGACCUGCCCGACGACGCCAAGCGCUGCAACGCCGACGUCAUCUCCGGCAGCGGCUACGUCGCGCCAACCGCCACGAACCCGCUCUACGAGGCGUUCGGCCUCUACGACGCCGCCUCCCGCGCCGACGUCGACGCCUUCUGCGCCUCUCUCCACGCGCCACCGCACAUCAGGGAGACCAUCAGGAGAUACGCGGAGAAGACGCACGAGCUAAUCGUGGACGUGGCGGCGAAGCUGGCCGCGAGCCUCGGCCUGGAGGAGUCCGAGUCGCACCGCAUGUUCCAGGACUGGCCGUGCCAGUUUCGCAUCAACAGGUACAAGUACACGCCGGACACCGUGGGGGAGACCGGCGUGCAGGUCCACACGGACUCCGGCUUCCUCACGGUGCUCCACGAGGACGACCGCGUCGGCGGCCUCGAGGUGGCGGACCCGGACACCGGCGAGUUCGCGCCCGUGGACCCGGUCCCAGGCACCUUCCUCGUCAACCUCGGCGACGUCGCCACGGCGUGGAGCAACGGGGCGCUGCACAACGUGAGGCACCGCGUGCAGUGCGUGGCGGCCGUGCCGCGCGUCUCCAUCGCGCUCUUCUUGCUGGCGCCCAAAGACGACGUGGUCCGCGCGCCGGACGCCUUUGUCGGCGCCGGCAGCCACCGCCUCUUCAGGACAUUCGGCUACGACGACUACCGCCGGCUCCGGCAGUCCACCGGGGAGCAUGCCGGCGAGGCCCUGGCGCGGUUGGCCGCGUGAUACACCAACUUUAUUAAAUUCGAGCUCUAAUGGUCAAAUGCGGAUGUUAUAGUAGCAAUGAAAAAAAUAGCGCACUAGUACAAAAAAUAGCGUGGCUCUGAAAAUAUGCUAUUAGCGUACUAUAGCGUGCUAUUAGCGAGGCAUUGUACAUUAAUUUAUUUAACGAGACAGUUCCUAAUAUAUUAUUGCGUGCUAUUAA